UCUGUUCAAUUACUCGAGUUAUAAAUUACAAGAUAAUCUGUUUUGUCGCCGCGUAUGAUCCAUCCAGAAUCCAGAGCCUCAUUGAUGGUGGUUUUUUUGCCCGCAUACUCAUCUUUACAAAAAAGGUGUCAUCACGCCUUUCAAAAUGGCCGACGAUGAAGGUUCUGCUAUGGAAACAGCAAUGGAGUGCCAUGUGUUACAAAAGGCAGAUGGCAGUUCUGAAAAUCUUGCUGAAGAUUCUGAUAAAUACACGUGCCACAUUCCAACAACUGUUUCUUCAAUGGAUGGAACUUUUGGCCAUCUACCUGUACAGCAAUCAGUUGCUAACACAGCCUUGGAUGGAACUGGUAACAAAUAUUUAAGUCUCAAUGAACAAGAUAUGUUGGAGGAGCCAUUUACACCUACAACAAAUCAGACUGGGUCAUCAAAGAGUCAACCUGAGUCUGGCAGGGAAACUCCCGCAAGUCAGAGUGACCACUCAAUGUCAUUGUCCAGUUCUGAGAAGAGCACACCAAUUCGUGUGGGUGGAUUAAAGGUGGAGGACAACGUCUCUUGCAAGCAGAGGAUGAAGUUCCCACAGCGCCAAGGGAUUCAUUGGAGGAAAGGAGAAAAACUGGAGGCCAUGGACUUUCAAAGUGUUUGGUUCCCAGCCAAGAUCCGGGAAGUGAGAGAGGAUGAGAUGAAAGUGCUAGUGCACUUUGAUGGCUGGAACCAACGCUUUGAUGAGUGGCUAGACAUGAACUCUGACAGGAUCAGGCCACUGGUUCGCACAUCGGAGAGGAAAGAGAAGUCAAAGAGAGUGAAAACGUGUCCACUGUUCCUUCAGGACCAUAAGAUUGGAGAGCAGGUAUAUGCCAAGUGGACCGAUUGUAAAAUGUACCCGGCAAAAAUUACAAAUAUUCUACCGAAUGGGUCGUAUGAGGUGAUUUUCUAUGAUGGUUAUAAAAAACUUGUUCAGCCGAUCAACGUUCGCUCAAUGCCUGGAGAGAACAAGAACUUUGAAAUCCCACCAAACCCAGACCCUGUGGUAAAAAGGCAGAAAUUGAAAGUGAGCACUACUGAGCGUAGCAGAUCCCUGUCCGGAGAGCUCAUGAGACAUGACAUUGGCCUUGAAGCCCCGACCUUAGAGAAAAAGAAGCCUGGGAAGCCUCGAAGGAAGCGGCAGACGUUUGAUGGGGCCGACCUGGCCAGUAUUGUGAACUCCCUGGAUAGUCCCUCCCCCAAUGUGGCACUGCAGCAACUUGUGGGAGAGCCUGUGUCCACUCAGACUGAGUACACUGAGCAGAAUGUUUCUGAAGACUCAGCAGUUCCUACCGAAACAAAAGCAGCAGUUGACAUUGACCAAUUGUUACCACCAAAUGUGCCCCUAGCUUCUGUGGGAUCCCCAAAGUUUGGUCCAACAGUGCUACCACCGAAGGCGUUUGUAGUGGAAUCAGAUCAUAACCCCUACAAAUGCACGUUUGAUGGCUGCACAAAGGGGUUCCGAAAGGAGCACCUGCUAGAGUACCACAUCAAGUACUACCACAUGACAGACGGGGAGCCCCCACCUCCACCCGUGAAGAAGAGGCGUAGGAAGACCACCAGUAUAUGUUCAAAUGAGUCCGAACAGAUGGGAACCACGAAGAGAUCUGACGGAAAAAAGAACCGCAACUUUUCAGCCGAGUGUGCAACAGUUCUUCCCAAAGUGGAACUUGAGCAGCCAGACAGUUUUACAUGCUCCACUCCAGGCGACACUGGUGAGAUAUCCACGCAGACUUCACCAAUGAAGCCAUACGACCCUUACACGUCCGAGGACUCCAGUCUGGGCACAAAGGCGGAGGUGAAGACUGAGACAAGAAGUUUGGAGGGCUUAGAGGACUCGAGUGUGACAGAUGCUGAGGAAUUCCUCAAACCUGACGAGCUUGUUAACUGUAUAUGUGACUACCAGGAGGAGAAUGGGCUGAUGAUACAGUGUGAGGUGUGUAUGUGCUGGCAGCAUGCAGCGUGCUUCGGAAUCACAGAGAGAACCCUGCCGAAAACAUAUGUCUGUUUUGUCUGCGAAAAUCCACCAGGGGUUCGUGAGAGCAGCAAGUACAUCCAUGAACAAGAUUGGUUCAAGACAGGUGAGAUUGCAUCAUUCAACUUUCUCAAUGUGCCGCCCAUGUCAGAAGAGAAGUGCAGCACAGUAAAGGCAACACACAACCUUGUAUCCGAGAUACACCACCUGAAUACUGUUCUCUUCAGCCUAAAACUGCAACUAAAGAUUAUUAGGACCAAAGAUGAAAGCAAGUUGAAACAAUGGAGGUUGGACUGGGAUGUGUAUGACCCUCUGCAGGACACUAUAGAGAGCUGCCCUCCACCAGGGGCAGAUAAACCAGAAAUUAAGACAGAGCCAGUGGACAUUGACCUCAAGGGAGACAACUGUGCUACCUCUGUGCUGCCUGAUAUCAGUAUGGGCAACUGUAGUGGGGGAGUGGUUAUUAAGCAGGAGUGCCAAACUGGCUCUGACAUGACAUCUGCAGAUCUUGUGUCCCCCAGAAAUGUGAAUCUAAGUGAAAGUAGUUCUGACAAUAUUGCUACAAACCAUAAUACCAAUAAUUGUCCUGUUGAUGGAAACAAUAGCUCAAAUAACCUGAGUGAAAAUGUGGAAUCAAAUGCGUUGUUAAGUAGGGAGAUAUGUCGCAGCAAUGGCCAAGAGGCUCAGACAUCUGUUAGCUCCAAUUUGGGAGAUCAGCAUGGAGAACAAUUAACAAACAAUGAGCAACAUAGACAGGUGGUUCCCAGCGAGGAGGACACAGGCACACACUCUGACAGCACUGAGAGUGUGGUGGAGGAUCCAGUGGAAGUGUGCGAGAAGAACCUCAUAUCUCACAUCCUACGUGUACAGGGAGAGAUCAGCGAGCGCCUCGAUAAGAUUGAGGAGGAAGUCACCAUGUUGGAGGCGAUGGAGGCGUGUCAGUCGCGGCGACCCCCUGUGAAUCCCCAGCUGGUCCUGAAUGACAUGCCCCAACUGAAGCAUUCCAUGAGGAACAUGUGCAGUGACCUCACCAAGGUCAAGAAGAUGUCUGUAUUCCAUUACCAAGUGUAGGAGCUGACAAUCUGGGACUGGCAUCCAGAAACAUUUGUUGCACUUUACAGCUAACCACGACCUAGUGUGGUUUUGCCAUUCUGGAGAUAGAAGCAAAAUGAAUGUUUGUAGUUUUUUCGAUUUUGACAACAAAAAGCAUAAAGUAUGUUUCUUUAACAGACAAUUGUAGUGAUUUAUCCCUACUCAAAAUGUAAGGGUCCUGAACAGUGGCUGGGUUAACUUUUUUAUGAAAAAUCAUCAGAUAGUUAGAUUACAAUAUUCAAUUUCUAUAUAUUGAUGGAUCAAAGAACAAAAAGACCCAUCACAAUAAAUGUCAUAUACAUUUUUUUUAAUAAUUUUGUGCUAUUUUGUGUAAUUGAUAAUGACAUAUAUGUGAAACUACCCAUCAUAUUGCAAACAUGUGCCUUUCAUGAAAACUAACACUUAUAUAACUUAUAAUUCAUAUUUUACACAUGAGAAUCUCCAGACAGAACAUUUAUUGUGUUAUAUGGACACGCUCCAGAUACAAGAGUUCCGAACACAUACUUUUUAUGCCCCCGGAUCAAAAGAUCGGGGGUAUAUUGUUUUGGGCCUGUCUGUCAUUGUAUGUGUGUUUGUGUCCCAAAACUUUAACCUUGGUCAUAACUUUUGCAACAUUCAAGAUAGCAACUUGAUAUUUGGCAUGCAUGUGUAUCUCAUGGAGCUGCACAUUUUGAGUGGUGAAAGGUCAAGGUCAUCCUUCAAGGUCAAAGGUCAAAUAUAUGGGUAAAAAUCGCUCAUUUAAUGUACACUUUUGCAAUAUUUCAAUAUUCAAGAUAGCAACUUGAUAUUUGGCAUGCAUGUGUAUCUCAUGGAGCUGCACAUUUUGAGUGGUGAAAGGUCAAGGUCAUCCUUCAAGAUCAGAGGUCAAAUAUAUGUGGCCGAAAUCGCUCAUUUUAUGAGUUCUUUUGCAAUAUUGAAGAUAGCAACUUGAUAUUUGGCAUGCAUGUGUAUCUCAUGGAGCUGCACAUUUUGAGUGGUGAAAGGUCAAGGUCAUCCUUCAAGGUCAGAGGUCAAAUAUAUGUGGCCGAAAUCGCUCAUUUUAUGAGUACUUUUGCAAUAUUGAAGAUAGCAACUUGAUAUUUGGCUUGCAUGUGUAUCUCAUGGAGCUGCACAUUUUGAGUGGUGAAAGGUCAAGGUCAUCCUUCAAGGUCAAAUAUAUGGGUCAAAAUUGCUCAUGUAAUGUCAGGUCUGCAAUAUUGAAGCUAGCAAUUUUAUGUUUGACAUGCAUGUGUAUCUCAUGGAGCUGCACAUUUUGAGUGGUGUAGGGAAGGUCAAGGUCAUCCUUCAAGGUCAAACGUCAUAUACGGGGACAUAGUGUUUCACAAACACAUCUUGUUAUCAUAUAUGUUUUUGUGGUGGAAAUACUGUAAAUGUUCAACGAAUUUGCUAAAAUCUAUUUUGUCAAGACACUAAACCACUUCAAAAUAGACCAAAGUCUAUGAAUAAGUCAAAUUAAAAUAAUAUGUUUUUAGAUAAUUUAGUAUUCUAUUGUAGAAUGUAAUUUGUUAUGCAGUAAAUAUCCAGCCUUAAAUAUGUAGUGUGCGUAUAGAAUACUGAGUUUGUCAGAUAUUAUUGUCAUUGCCAAUUCUUGUAAAAAAUGCGUUGGUAUAUUGUUGAAAUGUAUUUACAAUUAGGUAAUGGAAAAUAAUUGUUUUGACACUCAAUGUAAAACUUUUUAUUUUGAUAAUAAACAAUUUUUAAUUUGACGAAAUACAUUUUAUUGUUUGGAUCUGUCAGAUAUUUAUACACUGGGCAAAAGUGACAACGCACCACACACUAAAGAGCCCUGUUAUUCUUAAUAUGAAAUUACAAAUCUUAUUGAAGUUUGGCAAUGUGUUCUGAGAAAUCCUCACCUGCACAACCAUAUACUUGUCAUAAUAUAUUACUGACCAUUCCUGUCUUGGCCAUAACUUUGCCAUAUAUUGAUGGAUGUUGAAAUAACUUAGAGCAAAUGUAAACCAUCCUAAGAAGACACGUUGCAUGUAACAACCGUCUCCAAACCUCAAGGUCAAUGUCACACCAAGAGUAAAAGGGUAAAAUUGGACCAUGAAACAGCUUUAAAUUCCUCUCUCAGUCAAAGCUUAGCCAUGUAGUGAAGAACUUCAUAUCUUAACACAGAUUCAGUACAUCAUUAGACGCCUGUUACACAUGUUUCCCUACCUCAAUGGUGAAGGUAAUACUUGAGUUUCAAGGUCAAAUUUUGUCAUAAAACCGCUUGUCCAGACUGUAGCAUUGCUUAAAUGUGGGGCAUCCAUUCCCAAUGGAUACAUGUAUCGUUUUUAACCAGGUUUUCCGAAGGAAACAACUGGUUAUUAGAUUGGCGAUGUCAGCGGGCGGGCUGGUGGGCUGGCGGAACAAGCUUGUUUGGGCCAUAACUUUGUCGUUCAUUGUAAGAUUUUAAAAUCAUUUGGCACAUUUGUUCACGUCGAUAUCUCCGAGGUCAAGGUCACAAUUUGUGUUUGAAGGUCUAAAAUGGCCAUAAAUGAGCUUGUCCGGGCCAUAACUUUGUUGUUCAUUGUCAGAUUUUAAAAUUAUUUGGCACAUUUGUUCACCAUCAUUAGACGGUGUGUCGGGCGAAAGAAUUACGUCGAUAUCUCCAAGGUCAAGGUCACAAUUUGAGUUUGAAGGUCAAAAAUGGCCAUAAAUGAGCUUGUCCGGGCCAUUACUUUGUGAUUCAUUGUGAGAUUUUAAAAUCAUUUGGCACAUUUGUUCACCAUCAUUAGACGGUGUGUCGCGUGAAAGAAUCGCAUUGUAUCUCCAAGGUCAAGAUCACAAUUUGAGUUUGAAGGUCAAAAAUGGCCAUAAAUGAGCUUGUCUGGGCCAUUACUAUGUCAUUCAUUGUGACAUUUUAAAAUCAUUUGGCACAUUUGUUCACCAUUAUUUUACGGUGUGUGGCGCGAAAGAAUUACGUCAAUAUCUCCAAGGUCAAGGUCGCCACAACUAAAAAUAGAUUGAUUUUGAAACAACUAUGUAACUAUGCACAAUCAGUAACUAUGCACAUUUUGAUUUUGAGUUGUCUCUCUUUAUCAGACUUUUUUUUUCUAAUUGAAAUCAAGGUCAAUUUUACACAAGGAGGCUAACAAUACACAUUUUGAAUUGUCUCCCUUUAUCAGACUUUUUCAACUGAAAACCUGAUUUUGUGACAAUUUUGUCCCUUGUUAAUUUAUUAUUUUAUUCACUUUAAUUUGAACAUCGUGUAGUUUAUUUAACAAAAACAUUAAUUUAAUGACCAACUUUUUAUUUGUAGAGUUUUGCGAAUUUUGAAUGUGAUUGCUAUCUCACUUGAACACAAUUAAUUCAAUAUUAUGAUAAGUAAUAUAUAAUAUAAAAAAAAGUAUAUGAUCAUGAAGGUGGGGGAUUGUGGUAUCACAAUACAAAAUUUCAGUAAAAUUUUACUAUCAUAUUCAAAUAUACAAGUUAUUAAGUCAGUUAUGAGCUUUUCAUUUUGUUGAGUAUAUGUUUCAUGUAUCAUGGUGACUAUGUGUAAAGUAAGAAAUAAUAUUUUAUUAAGGCAGCCAUAAGUUAUUAAAUCUUCGCUAAUACUGUGCACACAUUUUUAAAUGAAAUAAUCUUAAUAGUAGUGUUAAUUUUUUUCAAAACAAUUGAAUUUGUAAUACAUUUGAGUCGCCGUUAAGAAAAAUCAGUCUUAAUGCAUGUGAGGACUUCAUUUGUAAUUGUUCUCUACCAAAAAUUUAAGAUUGAAACAAGUCUAUUAAUUAUGACUUGAUCAAAUGGAAAUGUUUCAAUCUUAAAUGAGGUACAUUUGUAUUUAAUGUAACACUACGGACAUUUGUUAAGAGCAACCAUUACCGAUAAUUAAGUAAUUAGAAUGUAGUAACAUACGUGUAUGAUGUCCGUAGUUGAUAUGUAAGCAAAUUCUUGUAUACAAUGGUUUUUAUUUGUAUGCCUAUUUUUUGAGUCAUGGACAUACCAUUUUGCAAGCUCAUAUAUCAAUUGUCUGAACUUUGUGUACAGGCAAAUGUUUCAGUAUUGUACAUAUAAUCAUGUAUAUUUAUUUUUCCUAUUUGAAUGAAUUGUGUACGAUUUCGGACUAUUAAAUAUAGUGUAACUGUUGAUAAUAUGCAUGGCUUGUCAGGAUAAGUUAAAAGUACAAGACUUUUUCCAUGAAAUAAACUUAAAACUAUUUAAACCAUCUACAUUAUAUGUGUGUACCAUUUCACUACCAUUCUUCUUGAAAUGGGUAAAAAGGAUUUUGGCUA